AUGACAUCUCUUAAGAAUACUUUAAGUAUUUUAUCUCAAUGGAAUUUUUUAUUUACAAAAAUAAAAAAUUAUGAAAGUAUACACAGUAAUAAUGAUCAAUCAGUAAAUGCUAUUGUUACAAUUAUAAAAAAAGUAACACCUUAUUCGUAUAUGUUAGAAUCGAUUACUCGUAAAAUUAGAGAAAUUAGAGACCAAUUGAUUAAUGAAGAGCUUAUUAAUGAUAAUACAAAAGGAUUUAGUAAAAAUCGAGAUCAAUUUUAUUAUGAAUUAAACAAAAAUUUGUCUAUUAUAAAUCAGAUUAAGAUUUUUAGUAAUUUUAAUAUAGAUAUUGAUUUAAAUGCGAUUGAAAACGAAUGUAUAGAAUCAUUAGAGAGCAAAAUUACAGAAAUAUUUUCUAUGGGUAAGAAAUUUUUAGAAAAGAUUUUGAAUAAUGAUAGAUUGACAAGACAAGAAUAUGAUAAUCUUAAUUUGUAUUAUAGUAAUUUAAUAUCUUUUAAAAAAGAAAUAAAAGUGACAUGUUUCAUGAUUGAUGAGAAAAUUGAACAAAUCGAUCGAAUGUUUUUUCAGCAAAUUCGUUCAUGGGAAUUAUUAGCUGACCAGAAUCCAACAGUUCAAAAUAUUGCUACGAGUUUAAUAAACAUGAAGUGUCUUUCAAAUAAUAUUCUUUCAUUUAAAGUCAGAAUAAAUGAGAAAAUAGAUGAAAUACUAAAGCGUCAUAAAAGUACAACAACAGGUUCGACGACUUUUGUUAAGUUAGCUGCACUUUUAAACCAAGAUAGUAGUGGUAUAGGUCAAAGUAUUAUAUCAGAACAUAAGUUGUUUCAAGGUUAUUCAUUGUCAUUGUUCAAUGAAAAAGUUCGAAGACAUGGAAUACAAUAUGUACUAGAGAAUUUAAAGGGUGAUUCUAUUGACAAUCAACGAUUGAAAAGAAGAUAUGAUGAAUUUUAUACUACCUAUGAAAAUUUAAUCAAACAAUACCUUAAACCGAAUAUUGAGCUAAUGAGACUAAUUUCUGAAAUUAAACAAAUUGCUGGAAAUAUUAUACAGAAACCAAAUGAAAUUAUAUGGGAAGCAACUACAAGAAGUAAAAUUCCAACUUUGACGGCACAUAUUUUUGCCUUGUGGACAUUGAAAAAUGCAGAUCUUUACUUUGAAGCUGUAGACACAGAAGAUAAAAAUAAUUAUCUUCUUCAACCUCAUGCAGCUCAAGUCAUUUCAGUAUUUCGUAUGGUCGGGAUUGGUGACAAAAAUGAAGAAUUGACCAAUAAUUUAGUAGAAAUAGGAACUGGUGAAGGAAAAUCUGUUACUUUAGGUGUUACAGCUUCUAUACUUGCACUACUUGGUUUUGAUGUAUGUUGUGCAUGUUAUAGUCAGUAUUUAAGUCAGAGAGAUUACACAGCAUUUCUACCAUUAUUUGAUUUGUUAGAUUUAUUGAACUAUAUUCAUUACGGUACUUUUAAUAAACUAUGUGAAGAUACGAUUAAUGAAAACGGUGACAUUCGUCAAAUAGUAGAACAACUAAUUACUAAAGGUUCUGUUGAUACUAUGAAAAAUAAUCAACAUAUUAAGCGUAGUAAAAUUUUAUUAAUUGAUGAAGUUGAUGUGUUUUUUAAUCGAGAAUUUUAUGGAAAUGUUUAUACACCAGCAGCUAGUUUAAGAGAUCGAACAAUAACAUCAUUAGUUAAUUUUAUUUGGAAAGAAAGAAAAUCACGUUUGACUCUGAAUAAAAUAAAAGAUACCGAUGAAUAUAAAAUUUGCUGUGCAAAAUUUCCUACUUGGGAACCAUUAAUUCAAGAAGCUAUUAAAGAUAUGCUUUCUGAUGUAAAUAACUUUGAAUCACAUGAUUAUAUUGUUAGUCAAGAUAGAAUUGGAUAUUCAGAGCAGGGUAACAUUGUUUAUAAUGUUGUUUAUGGUUAUAAAACAUUAUUUGCAUAUCAUUGUGAACAUGAAAAGGGUAGAAUAAGCAAAGAAAGUUUAGAAAAAAAUAUAAACAUAAAAAUAAAAUGUGGUAGUUUUUCAUAUGCUGAAAUACCACUUGAAUUUAAAUAUAUAAUGGGUGUUACAGGUACAUUAAAAACGCUAAGUGAUCCUGAAAAGCGCGUUAUACAAAAUCUGUAUAAAAUUAGGAAAAAUACAUUUAUUCCAUCUGUAUUUGGUCAAAAUAAUCUUAAAUUUAUAGAAAAAGAUGAUAUUAUGAUCGAAAAUAGUCAUGAUUAUUUUAAUGCUAUAAAACGAGAAAUUAGUGAUAGAUUAGUUGGCAGAUCAUCAGAAAAACGUGCUGUAUUGAUUAUUUUUGAAUCCAAACAUAGAUUAAAAGAAUUUUAUGAAUCAGAAGCUUUAGAUCCAAUAAAAGAAUCAGUUGUUUGUCUGACAGAAGAAGCAUCAUUAGAAGAAAAAGAGAAUCUAAUUAAACGUGCAACCUCAUAUGGCCAAAUAACUUUACUUCCAAAAAUCUUUGGUAGAGGAUGUGAUUUUGUAUGUCAUGAUCAAAAUGUUGCUAGAAAUGGUGGUAUUCAUGUUAUUCAAACAUUUCUUUCUGAAGAAGUAUCAGAAGAAGUACAGAUAAAAGGUAGAACAGCUAGACAGGGUGAUCAGGGUUCUUACAGCAUGGUACUUCUCUAUAGCGACCUAGAAAAAUUUCUUAUUGAAAAGGAGCAUAUUGAUGCUGUUAAAAGAGGUACUCUUAACUCAAAAGUGUAUAAGACAGUAUAUGAUCUUCUUAAUACUAAACGUAUUGAUUUAUUUAAAACACAGUAUGAAACUAAUAUGAAAUAUGUUGAACAAGCGAAAGAUAGACAUAAAAUUGCUCGAAAAUUUUUAUCAGAUCUUCAUUCUGGAGAUAUAAAUUCUGUUAAAGAAUUUUUGAUCGAAGAAAAUAAGGGAGUAGAAGGUAUCUCAAACUCACGAACUAUUUGUUUAAUGGAUGCAACAGGCUCAAUGUCCCAUUUGUUACAUAAAUGUAAAAAUACAGUAGAUAUUAUGUUUGAACGUGCUGCAGAAAUUCUACAAGAUAAUAAUAUUAGCCCAGAUUCAUUUCAAAUUCAGUUUGUUGUCUAUCGAAAUUAUAAUAGUCGAGAAAAUAAAAUCCUCCAAUAUUCACCUUGGGAAACUAAGCCAGAUAAUUUACGUGCUUUUAUGAAUAAAAUUGAAGUUGAUGGAGGUUGGGGUAAUGAAGCUAUUGAAAUUGGUUUCUGGCAUGCUAAUAAAGAACAUGAGAGAGAAAAUAUCACGCAAGUUAUUUUGAUAGGUGACGCACCUCCAAAUAAAAAAGACGACGUAAUUCAGAAGAGAGAAGGUUUUGGAGAAGACUACUGGAAAAAAACAAAAUUUCCGCAACCAAUCUAUUAUGAAGAUGAGUUAGCAAAAUUGACAUCGAGCAACAUACCCGUACAUGCUUUUUAUGUAGCACGUGGAGCGGAAGAAAAAUUUACUGAGAUUGCUACACAAACAGGAGGACGAUGCAAAAUGUUAGAUAUAAAUUCUGCUGAUGGCGCAAAAAUGUUGACAGAUUUCAUAACUGUAGAGAUUCUAAGAAAUGUCGGAAAAAGUUCUAAUGGAGAUGCACUUGCAGCAGCAUACGAAAAUAGAUAUGGAAAAACCUAUGCCUAA